GGGCGGGGCGUGCGCAGUGUCAUCUCGUCCCCGGGUUCUCUCGGACGUCGACGUCGAGAUUGUGUUCGUUUGGACCUCGAUGUAAAUGGUGGAAGAUUCGCAGCGUGCGUUCGUUGGGCAUCCGGAUGAGGGAGGUCGUGAGAAUCAUGCGGUCGGUUCAAUCACCCGGAGCUGAGCAGUGAUUGUGGACGGGUGAGGCGGCAGGCUUCGAGGGCAGUGGGGGAAGCAGCAGAGCAGCGCGUGGGAAGGAGGGGCAAUGCGGACUCUGGUAGCUGCUGGCCAGCAGCAAUUGGCUGUGUCUGCGUCCCGCGCAUCGCAGUGUCUGUUGUUUGGAAGUUCCUCCUGCUCCCCCUCCUCUUCCUCCUCCUCCUCCUCCUGCGCAGCGACUGUGACUUCGUAUUCGGUCACAGGACUGAGAAUUACGAGAGUUCGAGGACGACGAAAUUUGGGGUCCAAUUUCGAGUUCUAUGGAAACGGCGCUUUCAAUUUAGGGAGCAUCAGGGGCAUGGCUAGUCGAAAAGAUCGAAGGGAUUCGGCGAAUGGUGAGCCUGGGUCGUUCAAACCGGACAUUUCUUCCUUGAAGAGUGGGCUUGCGAGAAGAUUCCCGGCGGAGGCGGAAGAAUUUCGCUACGAGUGGGACUCGGACGACGAGGGAGAUGGCGAAGUGACCGUGAAAAGCUUCGCUGGUCGCAAAAGUCCCAAAGAAAUUGCGCGCUCUAGCGCACCGAAUUCUUCUUCUAGUGAUAGCAGCAGAGACAGGGACGGAUAUCAGAUGCGAAGUAGCGGAGAAAGGAGGGCUCCCGGCGCAGGGUCGUACCAAAAUCGCAACGAGGGAGCAGGAAGGUGGGCGCCGAGAGCUUCCAGAAACGAUGAGGAUGACAAUGCUCAAUCCAGAAGCUUCUCCGGUGGCAGAGCAGACGCCACCGCGCGCAACAGGGAGGCCUACGAGCGGAGGAUGAAUGGAGGGAAGCCCGUCCCGGCUGCUGCUGCUGCUGCUGGGUCGAGCGAAAGAGGGCCCAGUAGGUUUUCCAGUGGCCGAGGUCAGGGCGGAGCAGACGGGAGAUCAGACGCCAGCGGAGCGAGGAAUUCCAGCUCUUCCGGAGGGGCACCGUCGAAUUCUGGGACGGCGAGGUCAUUCAGAGACGAGAGAGGCGGAGCGGGAAAGUCCUCCGGGGGAGCACCGCAGUAUGACAGAACGGGGCGGAGAGAGUGGGUCGAGGAGGUGGAGAAGAAGAAGAAGCCCGUGGUGGAGCCGGUGAAUUUCCAAACCCCCAUGAACAAGAACCCCAACAUCGCCAUUCUCGGCGGAGGUAUGUCGGGUCUAGUCUGUGCUCUGACACUGCAAGAAUUGGGCAUCAAAUCGACGGUUUUCGACACGGGGAAGCACGGUCUGGGAGGGCGGAUGGCCACGAGGUCUGUGGUCCAGCGCGGUUCGAAGAGCUUGGAAUUCGACCACGCAGCACAGUUUUUCACCGUGACCGACCCCCGUUUCCAGAAGCUGGUAGAUCGCUGGAUCUCCGAGGGAGCAGUGAAGGAAUGGAAAGGGAGCAUUGGGAACCUGCAAGCCGGUGGUGAGUACACCGAGCUUCCUGCCGCCACGAGGUAUGUGGGCACGAAUGGAAUGAGGUACUUGGCCGACCACAUUGUGUCGCAGGCGACCAAAAUAGAGGUGAGGAGACCGUGCUGGAUCAGUAGAAUGACCGCUCAGCAAGGACGCUGGACAUUGAGCGAAAACAAAAAACCUCAAGGUGAGUUCGACGCUGUGGUUAUUGCACACAACGGCAUUUGUGCGAAUCGUCUCUUGGCUCCGGCGGGAGUGGCACAAAUUGCUCGCCAGAUGAAGCGACUCGAAUUGAGCUCCAUCUGGGCCCUGCUGGCUGCUUUCGAGGAGCCUCUGCCCUCGGCCCCUUUCGAAGGAGCGUUCGUACAAGGAGUCAACUCUCUGUCAUGGAUGGGCAACAAUUCCGCCAAGCUGAAUGGCGCUGAGCAGUCUCCGCAGUGCUGGACUUUCUUCAGUACGGGCCCUUACGGAAAGAAGAACAAAGUUCCACAGGAAAGCAUCCCUCAUGCGAAAGCUGAGAAAGUGACCCGGGACAUGCUUCUCGGGGUCGAAACUGCUCUCGGAUUAUCAGAAGGAUCGUUGCCAGCGCCGGUUUACAGUCGUCUGCAACUCUGGGGCGCAGCUCUGCCCACCAACACACCAGAGAUACCCUGUAUAUUUGAUGCACAAGGCCGGGUGGGAAUUUGUGGGGAUUGGCUACUGGGAUCGAGUCUGGAGGCAGCGGCUUUGAGUGGCAUGGCUCUUGCAGAACACAUCGCCAACUACCGCGAUCAAGGAGAUCAAAACCCGGAAGAAUUCAGUGUUGGGCUCCAGAAUUUGUACAACAGCGUGGAUGGCCAUGAUAUCGGCCAAUUCCCCGGAACGUCUGACUUGCCCAAAGAGUCUCCCAAAGUUCUGGCUGCUGUUUGAGUUUUGUAAAUUCAUCGUCUGUCAUUUAUCCUGUUACACUGAGACGUCUGUCCAGUUCUUGAGCUUCCCCAUGCAUUAUCUUAUUGAUAGCCUGUCAUGUCAACUGACCUUCUGCAGGCUUUUGAGAUGGGCCGCCGUUUAUCCAUUUGAAAGAUCAGCUGAUAUUCUGGAUUUUAGUCCAAAACCUCUAGGAAAUCUGCCCGAUUGCGGAAAGGAUUUGUUUAGUGAUUACUGAGAGCUGCAACAUUGGGAUAGCAGCUACCCUUUUCGUAUUUGUAUUAGACUGAGAUUGUAGCUCAACGUGUCAUAUCAAUCUUGUAGUUUAGCCUAUCUAUGGCGUCAGAGCUGCAGUAUAAAAUUUUAUUUAUUCCGCCGGAGAAAGUGGCGGAACACUUUCAUCAUAUUCAUAAAAUAGCUGGCGCUAUUCAAGUUUCACUGUCAGAAUCAUCAACUAUAUCCACGAUCGUUUUUUUUAAUAUCUGCCUUCUUCUGCAAACAAGUUCAGACAGUAGUGAAGUUUCGGGGAAGGUUCGUGCCUCCUGCCGUGGAUGCUUUUAGAAAUUCGUAUUAGUACCACUUAAGCGGAGUUGAGUUGUUGGAACCCACGGAAGAUUGGACUGGGUACAACAAGUACACGGAGGAGAUGUUUGGUGAGGAUCCUAGUGAGGAGAUAUAAGGUUAUGGCCCCUAGCAUAAAGCUUUCCUAGCAUCAUCACAACAGCAUCUCUUGUGUAUAAGAGCGAUAGUAAUACACCGAGGAAGUUUCAACAAGUUUGUCUUGUGACUCAAGUGAACGCUUCUACAUGUAUGAAUAUAACGUGAAAUAUAUAAGUAAGGCAUCGCUCUCUUCAUCAGU